AUGCAGCUCUCUUCCAGCGUGGCUGAACUCAGCUGCGACGAGACGAUGGACCCACCCGCCGAGGACUUGCAGCAGGUCCUGUCCAUCGACCAGAUCCGCUCCAUCCGCGCCAGCAACAACUACGUGGAGAGACCGGCCUCCUGCUUCCAUGCCAUGAGCCUCCUCUCCCUCCUCAUGCCCUGCCUCUGCUGCUACUUUCCCACCCUGGGGUGCCUCAAACUUUGCCAGCGGGGCUAUGACGGGCUCAGACGCCCCGGCUGCCGCUGCCAGAGCCACACCAACACGGUCUGCAGGAAGAUCUCCUCCUCCAGCGGCACCCCCUUCCCCAAGACGCUGGAUAAGCCGGUAUGA